UGCUGCCCGACAUGGCCCUGUGGAUGCAGCCCGCCCUGCUGCACGGCACCUGCUACCUCUUGCUGGGCACCUUCUUCUGGAAUAUUGGCUGCCGCUUGCUUGCCAUCGUGGCGCAGAACCAGGCCGCCUCCAUGAUCGACGACUUCCAGGUGCGCGUCGCGUGGCGGCCAGUGGCUGUCGGACCGGCCGGCCGGCUUCAAGCCCUCACCCCUCGUCGCCGACCUCUUCCCCUUGGCCCUGUCGGGCUGACCGGCCCUGACGUUACGUGUUUUGUGGACGUGCUUCAGCGCCUGGGCCUGGCGGGGCUGCGCCUGCACCGCCGCAUCUGGCUGGGCAUGGUCAAGGUGAUGUACGGGCUGAGCGUGGUGUGGGGCCGCACGCAGGCCGUGCUGCUGGGGACCUUCUUCGUGGUCGGCGUGUCCUGCAGCUUCCAGCUGACACACAUGGUGGCCGUCAGAAGCGCGGACGACACAACCAUCUGGCUCUCCAUCGCCGUCCUGGUCGCCGUCCUGGCCGUCGCCAGUAUUUGCUCCUCGGCGCAGAUCUUGACUGACGCGAUUCGUGUUCCUACCAGGAUGCAACUGUUCCGGCUCUCGUUUCUCGUCAAGGACGAGGAGACCACUACGGAGAUAAAACAAUUUCUUGAGGAAAUCUUCCUGGAGCACCCAAAGAUGUCCAUCUGUCGGCUUGGUGUUCUCAGCAAAUCGAGUAUUGUAUAUAUAUUUGCGUUGGCUAACACCUACAUCGUGGUGCUCUCCCAGUUCGCCCUCUCCAUAGAGACCACGACGACCAAUUUCGACGAAGCCUAAUAACAAGAACUUACGUGAUCGACCAAGAUAAGCAUAUGUUUCAUGUCUUGAUCAUACCUAAGUGUAUUUUGACUGGUGAAUGUAAUUGUGAAAAACGUUGAAAACUGUGGUAUAAAGUUUACCCUCGAUUA